GUGUGGCUGCCCGCCUGGGACCGGUCUCCCUCAAGGUCGGCAGCGGGGCCUGGCUGCUUCCGCUUGCUGUCCUGACCUCAGACGGGAGCCCUCGAGAUGAGUUGUUCUAAUGAGCUUCCUGACCACCGUUGGGGAGUGGCAUGAUAUAUUUAGAAAGAGAUCUGUGACUUGGGGUUUCACCUUUUUUUCCAGGCCCAUCGUACCUGUGGGGGCACGGUGCUGAUGGGCUCCCUGGAGCAGCAAUUCUUACCUGGUGGGUGGGGGUGGUGUGCCCUCAUGUUGUCUUGACAGGAGAGCGGAAUCUUGAAAAAGCAUCCUAAGUGAUUCUGUCGUCUCUACCCCUCAUUUUGACCCACUGUCCUGGAGGGACAAGAGCUAGUUUAAGGGAGCCAACGUGUGCCCUAUUUGUGACGGGCAGGCCUCACAGGCUUUGACUUCCCGCCCAAUCUUGUUGGGCCUCACUUCUCCCCACUGCUGUGUAGCCCAAUGGAACUGAAGAACCUGGAGUACAGGCCAGUGAAGGUCAGGGGGCACUUUGACCACUCCAAGGAACUGUACAUGAUGCCUCGGACGAUGGUGGACCCGGCCCGGGAGGCCCGGGAAGCCGGCCGCCUCUCUUCCUCGCCAGAGAGCGGGGCCUACGUCAUCACCCCCUUCCACUGCACAGAGCUGGGAAUCACCAUCCUGGUAAAUAGAGGGUUUGUCCCCAGGAAGAAAGUGAAUCCAGAUACACGGCCCAAAGGCCAGAUCGAGGGAGAAGUGGACCUAGUUGGGAUGGUGAGGCUGACAGAAACCAGGAAGCCCUUUGUCCCUGAGAACAAUCCAGAAAGAAAUCACUGGCAUUACCGGGACCUGGAGGCCAUGGCCAGGCUCACAGGCGCAGACCCCAUUUUCAUUGAUGCUGACUUCAAGAGCACCGUCCCUGGGGGACCCAUUGGAGGGCAAACCCGAGUCACUCUGAGGAAUGAGCACAUGCAAUACAUCAUCACCUGGUAUGGACUCUGUGCAGCUACAUCAUACCUGUGGUUUAAGAAAUUCCUACGUCGGACUUCUGGUGUGUGAGACUAGCAGAUGUAGCCCUUCCCCUAAAUUGUCAGGAAGUGGCUGAUUUCUGGAGAUGUUUUCAUGUGGGAUCAGCAACUACUGGCAUAAAUAAAUCUCUGUGCUACG